AUGGCGAACGAGCAGAUCUCGCUGCCGUAUCUGGUGGUGAUUCUACUGGUGACGGCGUUCGUGAUUCGAUUCCUCUUCUUCUCGCCAGCCCCGUCGCCAGCGCCUCGACAGAGCGCCCAGUCGGUGCUGCGCAUGCGUGAGGCGGCGGUCGAGAGGAUACAGCAAAUGUUCCCGCAGGUCGAACGACGGACCAUUCUCUGGGACCUGCAGAGAAAUGGGGGCAACAUCCAGGCGACGUCUGAGAGGAUCCUUGCGGGACGAAUGGAGACGCCCCCUAUCACAUUCCAGCCUCCACCCCCUCCAGGGGCUAACAACGCGACGGCGAGCUCCUCGACACCGGCCAAGGCGGCUGAGAAGCCGACGCAGCCGGACCUGAUUACACGGUACAAGCUGCAGGACAAGAUCUCAGCGCAACAGCGUGAACAGGCCGAGGCGGAGAAUGAGAAGGCUAGCAGGGGGUGGAGCUCGAACCGCGACGAGAGGCAGUCGCUGCUCCAGAAGCGGAGGGACGAGAUGAUCCUUGCGGCGAGGCGGAAAAUGGAGGCCAAGAUUGCCGCGGAGAAGGCAGCGAGCUGA